CACAUCCACAACAUGGGAUAUGUCCACCAUGACAUCAAACCCGAUAACAUCUUAUUCGUCGAUGGAGAAGCGAAGAUAGCCGACUUCGGUGUUGCGAUGAGGGCAGCAGAGGAAUCCACCAAGGGAUACAUUAGAGGAACGCCGUUUGACGAGCUGUCGGAGAUCCCCGUGGAGAUGUCGGAGGAGGGUAAGAAUUUUUUUUGUUGUUGUUUCCAGAAAGAUCCAACCAAUCGCUGGACUGUAGAAAUUUUAUUAACGCACCCAUUCAUAACCUCUUCCUAUUCAGAAUUGAAAUCAGAAGCGGAAGUCAUUGUUUGCUCUGUUUUGGACCCAACUCGCAGAAGUGUGUUGAGUUACUCAUUUGCGAAGACAUUAAUUCCACCGACUCCUCCAAAACCUUUGAAACCGCUGAAUUCGUUUUUGAUAUUUGAAGCAGUGAGAGAGAUGAUAAUGGAAUUGGCAAUUAAAAACCGGCCGGACUAG